CCUCCUCUUUGAGUGACACAGCACUUAGAUAUGCCUAUCAGUAACUUAAACCCCACAAACUCCACCUUCUAAGUGAGGAAGCUGUGGGUUGAUGGAAAUGUAGUGAGCAGAUCGAGACAGACAGUGAAUCAUUAGCAAACUGCAACGCCAGGAUGAACUUGUCUGGAACCUAAAAGGAGAAAACAGGCUGCGAGUCCUCUGCGGCGCUGGGUUUGCUCAAUACAGCCAAAGUGGAUCUAAAAGCCGGCUGAUUCCCAGUCCAAGAUGCUGCUGGUUUCCCAGCGGGUAGAAGCACCACGGAUGGAGCCACAUAUUCCAUUACAGGGAUCCAUUAAAAGAAAACUGGAAGAUGAUAGCUCUCCUGCCUCCAGUGGUGUGCCUGAUGUCACUUUCCCAAAUGAUAGUAAAAGACUUUGUCUUGAUGAUGUAAACCUUGCCAUGGGCCAAGGCGCCAAUCCCAGCAUGGCAUGUCCAGAAAUGCAAAGUUCUCCAUUCCCCACGGGUCACAGCACUUCUUCUCUGGGAGUCACAGGGCACCCAGUGCUGCUGGAAAACAAUCACAUGAAUGGGGGUGGCAUUGGCUCCCCUUUCUCAGUGCCAGCCAACACAGAAAUAAAUCAGAAGGGGUCAAUAGGAGGGCAAACCAACAACAUUGUCCAUUACGACGAGAAAGGAAACAGCUUACAGUCUGUAGACCAAGAGCUGCAAGAUCUAUUGGAAGAGCUGACCAAAAUGCCUGAUCCUUCUCCCAAUGACCUGGAUCUGGAGAAGAUUUUGUGCAGCAAGGCUGAAGAUCCACUUGGUCUGAGUCAUUCCCAACCAAACAUAAAUACCACUCCAAAGUCCUCCCCGCAGACUUCCCACUUAGAGAACCAUGUUGCUAACAAAGAUUUUUCUCCAGGCUGCAAUCCAACCAGUGGAGGAUCCCCUCAGAUGAGACCAUCAUCUGCUGGAGCUAACUUCCAGGUUCCUCCCUCAAACAAACCUGCUGCAUCACCCAUCUCUACAGCAGCUCAGAACAAAAACCAGCCACCCCCAAUGCUCCCAGUGCCCUUGCCCAGCAUGCCAGGCUCCAACUGGCACGCUCAGCAACUAAAGCAGCUGGCAGCCAGCAAGCAGGUGUCUGGUACCAAGCAACAAGUACAGGCUCCCAGCUGGCCAACUAUGUCUCCUCCUGGUCUCUCUCCACCUUACAGGGCAGGAUCAUCCCCACACCAUCAACCUUUCAGUCCUCAAAAUGUUAUGGUGUCUGGCAUGCCUGCUAAUAAUUUACCAGGAAACAACAUUCAGAGUCCUCAAAACACUCUGCUUUCAAGCAUGACUUCCAGCAGCACCCCAUCGAAUGGCCCCUCUCCCCCCUACGGCUCUGAGAAGCUCUCCAGUCCAGCUCUGAGCCAGCAGCCCUUCAGCCCUCAGAGCUCCAUGCUGCCUGCUCUGACAGCAGCCAGCUUGCCAGCCAGCAGCAUUAAAAGCCCACAGAACAACCUGGUUGCCAGCAUGGCCUCCACAAAUACUGGACCUUCUCCACCGUACAGGCCAGAGAAGCUGUCGAGCCCUGCUCUGCAUCAGCAGCCCUUCAGUCCUCAAGGUACAAUAAUCUCCAACAUCACUCCCACCAGCAAUCCCACAAAUAUGCAGAACUCGCUUUUUAAAUCAAUGACUACAAACCAGACCAAAAAUAUGAACAUAAUUAUGCAACAGCCAUCCAGUAGCUUACAGCCAGGUCUGGUGAAUGAGAGCCCUGUUAGCCAAGACCAGUUUUCUUUCAACAACACCAAACCACUGUCUCACUUUGCCUCAGAGUCAGCUACUCAAAAAAUGUCCCCUCUGACGGCAGGACAAGGGCAGCAGUCCCUCAUUCACUAUCUCCAGCAGCAGCAGCAGCAGCAGUCCCCAGCCACGCAGCAGCCCCAGCAGAACAGCAGCAGCCAGUUCCUCCAGCAGCAGUUCCGACAGCUGAUGCAGCCACAUCGGAUGCAGAGGCAGAUGCAGGCUGCCACACUGCCAUCUCAAAGCAGACAGGAUCAAAGCCCUGGCAUCGUUGCCAGGUUGCAGGAGCCGGGCUCCAUCCCGAGCGGCGGCUCCGUGCCGGCAGCGGCCACGGUCAAUGGGUACACGAUGAGGAACCAUCUCCUGAAGCAGCAGAUCAUGAAACGGCAGCUGAUGCAGGAAAAGCAGAGACAAAACAUGCUGGGAGUAACAUCUGAACAGAGGAGCUUGUUUGCAGCUCAGCAGAUAAACCAGUUUCAAGCCGUGCAGCAGCCCAUCCCUGCUGACUGCAACCAGGUGCUUCCCGCUCCUCCGCCCAACCACCGCAUGCUGCCGUCAAACCCGGCCAUGCUCCAGAGCACCCUGGGCUCUGGCAUGGCCUCAGCCCCCGCCAGCCAGAGCAGCGGGACCAUGGUGAUGAUGCCACACAACCCUGGCAAGCAGCAGGGGAUUUUCCCACCUAAUUCUGACUUUAACAUCCCGCUGCGGCCCAGCCAGAACUCGCUAGGCAUGAACUCGGGGUGCCAAACUGGUCACAGCCACUCCUCUGUGAGGCCGGGAAUGCCCAUGGGAGGCUUCAGUUCUGGCUCCUUAGCAAGUCACUCUGCAACACAGCAGCACCUGAGGCAGCCGAGCAUGCCAAGAAUCCCCAACGUCUACCCCAACUCAUCAGCCCAGAUGUGGACACCCACUACUGUGCCAAGAAUGCCAAAUCAAAGCCAAAUGGAUACCAGCAUGCAGCAGUUUUCUGGGAACACGGUGUUCUCCAAACAGGGCGUGAGGCCGAGCACACCGGGGCAGGCGUUCUCCCAGCAGGCUGUGGUGCCGCCAAACCAGAUCGCUCCUGGCAUCCAGGUCAGGCAGAUGCAGAAACUGAGCAUGGGACAGUCUGGCCAGGGCUUGAGCUCAAUGAGUAAUCAGAACUUGAGACACAAUUUAACCAGGGGACCGUUGCCAGCUAUGAAUGUUAUGAAAUCGUUGCCCCAAGGAGUGUCCAGUUUUAAUCCUGCCCCGGGGCUGGGCCCGCCCAGCUACCCCUCCACGGGCCAGCCCGACGCCUUCAGCAGGAUGAGCAGCGCUGCUGAGCUGCCCCAGUACGACUUUGUGUCCCAGCACAGCAAUUCCAUCAUGCCUGCCAACUGCAGCGACACCGACUUCCUCGACUCCCUCAUGAAGAACAGCAGCAGCAGCAACGACGAGGAGUGGUUGAACAAUCUGACAAUGAUAGAUGACAUUUUGGGACAGCAUGCUCAAAGCUCUGGACACGUUUAGCUCGGAGAGAAGCAGCCUCGUUGUAAAUAACACACGUAUGGCUUUGAGCAGAACAGACAGACAACCCGUGAAAGCCACUGCCUCGUUCAAUACAGAGGAAAUGGACUCAGCCAAUUCUUUGCUUGCAUCAAAGUUUAAUAUUGGCAGUUUUUCAGAUGACUGUAUAUAUUUGAAUAUUUUGUAAAUUAUGUUUUCCUAAACCUUAAAUGUAGAAGUAUUUAUACUUCUUUGCUGGACUCUUUGUAAAUAAAUCUAGAGCAUAACUUUUGGUUUUAUUAUAGGGAUUUCAUUAUACCUUGUUAUAAAUAUGCAAAUAAUAUUGUUAGUUUCAGUAAUACUGUGUAUUACAGCAUAAAAUACUUAUGUUUUUGACAUAACUUAACACAUGAUCUAGGGGUGUAAUUGCAACCAGACUAAGCAGAAAUCAAAUGUGGCAUUUAUUCUCCCAUAUCAAGAGGAAAGAUUGAAAAGUUGCAUUAAAAAAAAGUAAAAACCCUAAAGGGAGCUUCUGAUUCCCUCAUCACUUGGUUUUGUAGACCAAGCCUGGUGCACAGGUCCCAUCCAGGCACCCAGUGCAUUCAGGGAUCUGCUUGCAGAGAUGCAUUUGCCAGAUCCUGGGCAUGUUCUCAGCUUGACACACCCCAGUGGGUCACUGUCCUUCCUGCAGGGAGUGUGUGCUGGUGCCCUUCAGGGCUGGGGCUGUGUGCCUGGGGUCGCAGGGUCAGCGUGGUGUGGCCCAUGGUGGCCAGCCUGGACAGGCACUGCCCAGUUCCAGCCACUGAACCCCUCAGCAAAAAGGUAGCUCUGGUUUGUGCACCUCUACCAUGUAUAUUUGUAGUGUACAGGUGAUUUGUUCCUGGUUUUAAGGCUUUUCAUAAUUUCUGUUUUAAUGUAAGACUUUUUUCAGGGGAAAAGUCUACAAACAUUAAUAGUUAAUUUUUGAUGUUUUUCUGUCAGCUACUAUUGUCCUCUGUAUAUUUAAGAGUCUGUUUAUAAAAGAUUCGCUGUACUGUAAACUUCUUAAAAUGUUCAUACUUUGUGUAAUCAUAUUUUAAUAGUCACGUCAUACUUCGCAAUACAUUUGUAAUAUAACGUCAGCUUCAAGCACAGAAUGUUUUUUUCUUCAUACCAUAAUAAACUGCCAGGGGAAAAUUGCA